AUGCUUUCACGACUCGUUAGAGAACAUACACAAAAACAACAGUCUGUAAGACGUAAUAAUGAACAACUUCGAAAAGAGGCUAUUCAAGCAGUAAAUGGAGUGACAGAUUCUUUGUCAGACACUUUAAACGAAAGAGUAGCAUCAAUAUUCAAAACUCAACGUGAAAUAGAAUCAGAAAGUCGACAUCUAUUAUCACAAUCUGCUAAAUAUACCAAGCAAACUAAACAAUGGUUGAAUAUGUUAAAUUUAUUUAACACAGCAAUAAAAGAAUUAGGUAAUGUACAGAAUUGGGCAGAAGUUGUAGAGAGAGAUACGAGAGAAAUAGCAAUGACAUUGGAGUUUGUUCAUAAAGGUACUGUUGUUGAUAGUAAUAUAUUGAUAGAAGAGGAUUCACAUGAAGUGACAUUGUCAUCAUCUAGUAAUAAUGAAGAGAUCACUAUGAAUAAAUGA